AAAAAAACAACAAAGCCAAAAACCACACACACGCACAGCAAUUGCAACGUUGUCAGAUGUUUUCAUACACAAAAUAAGAAAAGAAGUGUAGAAGAAAGUAUUAAAUUACUAAUAACACGCAAAAAAGGGUGUAAAUUAAUAAAACAAACAAUUCUAUAAUGAACUAUUAAAUCAUUAGUUACUGAAAUUGUAAAAAAAAUUAAAUCUCAAACAAAAUGAAAUCGUUUAAGUUGAUAGUGCUCUUGCUAAGUUUAAGUGCUGUUGGCCUCUACAAAACGACCCACGCAGAGUCGGUGACCAAGGAAAAUAAUGCUACAAUUGCAGCUAAUAAUGGCAACAAAGAAAAUAAAACGGUAAUAGAGCUUAAUAAAGAUAUUACAGUUAAUACAGGUCUAAAUUUGGACAAAACUUUGGCCGAACUCAAUGGCACUGAAGCCUCUAAUAUACCGAAAGUACGCAAAGUCACACCCGUGGACAAUGACAGUUUAGAAAGGAAGUUGAAAACUGAGGUAAAAGCUGCUAGUAAUGCCACUGAACCGAUUAUUGUAAGUACAACAACGGCAGCCCCCACUAAGGUGACAAAAAUAUUAACUGAAGCUGGCGUGGUAGAUGUAAAAGUGCCUGCUAAAAAUGCCACCGAUAAUGUAGGAAAGGCAGAGGAGAAAAAGGUUGAAGAUAAAACCUCAUUGCACGUAAUAUCUUCUACUCAAAGCACUAUAAAUAGCAGCAAUACAACAAAUACGAUAUUAAUAAAUUCUAAGAACUCAACCGAGGUUAUCACAAAGCAAGAUAAAAACAAAAAUAAUACUGCAACAGUGACAACAAACCCCUCGUUAGCUGUAACCACAACAAUAAUAACAACUACACCAACACCUUCAGUAACAAAAAAACUUAAAGCAAAUAAUGAUACAAGCACCCUGACACCUUCAACAACUACCGCAGGGAAAGGUAGCAGCAACACUACCGCUGUUGGUAACACUACCACUACUUCGACAACAAGCACGACAACUACGACCACUACUACUACAACAACGACCACUACUACACCUAAGCCUAAAAAGCCCACUAUCACCUACAGCAUACCCGAUUUCCCCGAUCUAGAAAAAGACAAUCCAGACUUGAAGAAUUUACUACAAUCAUCCGCUUCAGCUUCAAAUAAACUACCCUUACCAGACGGUCCAUAUGCUCAACCUUCACAGGAAUUCAAUAAUAAUUCCUUUAAUCGUGGACGCGACUUCAUAUUACCCAUUGUCUCUAUGAUAUUUAUAAUACCACUGGUCAUUGGUAUCCUAAUAACAUCGUACCGACGUUUCCGAGACUGUUGGUCAACACGCCAUUACCGCCGAAUGGAUUUUUUGGUGGAUGGCAUGUACAAUGACUGACAUCGUUGCCAGCAAAGGCAGCAGCUAUUGGCUCAAACAAAUAAUGAGGAUGCAAAUAAUCAUGCCGAUAACGAUGAUGAAGAUGAUGAUGUUUGGAAUUUAUCUGAAAUUGCUUAGCAUUAUAAAAUUUCCACUCAUAAACAAAACAAACAUAAAUUGUACUUUUUAAAUCCCUAAUAGUCUUGCUACAAACAAAAAAAAAACAAUGAAAAAAGUAAAACUUUUUUCCCCGGCCUAUAAAUAACAAAAAUAUAUGUAUAAAUCCUCAUUAUUUGCAAGAAAUCGAGUGAGAUUUGUAAUAGAAUACACAACUUCCCCAUUUUUUUUAUAUAAAACCAUACAUUAUUAUAUAUUUUAUUAUUUUUAUAUAUAAAAUUGGUAUAUUUCUUAUAAAAAUAAGCAAUAUUUAACAAAAAUAAUAUAACAUUAACAUCUUGAAUUUAGUUUUUCAAAAACUUUUCGACAAAAAAAAAACAAAUUGUUGCCAAAAUUGAAACUACUUUUUCUAAAGAUUUUUAUUUUGUAAAACUAUCAAUAUUUUUUAGCUUUUAAGACUUAUUUUGUUAUAAAAUUUUUUAACAAAAAUAACAAAUUUGAAAGUAUUUUAUGAAAAAAAAAAGUUUUUUUCUAGAUUGUUUAAGAUUAAAAUCCCAUUUUUUAGAUUAUGUAAGAGUUCUUCUAUAUUAGCAUUUGGAUGAAAUCAUUAAAAUAUAUAUAUAUAAACACCUGAACUAAUAAUAUUUUUGUAUUAUAAGAAAAGACAAUUAUCUUUAUUAUAUGAAUUUAUUUUAAUAAAAAUUAUCCAAAAAAAAAAA